GGUCCCCGAAGCUCCGGCCCGUCCCUCGCGGGUCGUCCUUCCCAAGAAGCCCCGCCCCUCGCAGCUCCGCCCCACCCCUUGCAGCCCCUGGCUCGGCGCUCCCGGAGGCGCGGGCGGCGGGGCCCCGCGCCUUUUGUGUCGGGCUCGGGCCGCUGCGCGCGCAUUCCCCUCGGAGGCCGGGGGCGGAGGGACGCACGCGCGCGCACUCCCCUCGGCGGGCGGAGGGACGCCCCCUCAGUCCCGGCUGGCGGCGGAGCUCGCCCGCGCGCGCUCCCCGCCUCCCCUUCGGCGGUCCCCGCGCCGCCCGCGCCCGCCGGGGCCGGCGCCCCGAGUCAAGGCGGGCACGCGCUCGCCCCUUCCCCUCCGCCGCCCGCCCUGCCCCCGGCGGCGCGCUCACACGCCGGCCCGGGCACGCGCCCGCCAAGAUGGCAGGGGCCGGGGCCCAGCUGUCAGACGCCGUCGCGGCAGCCCGUCCCCGCAGCUAGCGGCCCGGACGCCCGCCCCGAGAAGAUGCGCCCCCGCUGCCCCCCGAAGCCCAGCGAGACGCGGAGCCGCCGCGCCCGGGGCCGGCUCCCCCGCUAACGCCCCGCGCCCCGCGCCGCGCCCCCGGCCCCGCGCGCCCGCCCCGGCAGCGACAAUGAGUGAACAGAGUAUCUGCCAAGCCCGGGCUUCCGUGAUGGUCUACGAUGACACCAGUAAGAAAUGGGUACCGAUCAAACCUGGCCAGCAGGGAUUCAGCCGGAUCAACAUUUACCACAACACUGCCAGCAACACCUUCAGAGUCGUCGGGGUCAAGCUUCAGGACCAGCAGGUUGUGAUCAAUUAUUCAAUCGUGAAAGGGCUGAAGUACAAUCAGGCAACGCCGACCUUCCACCAGUGGCGAGAUGCCCGCCAGGUCUACGGCUUGAACUUUGCAAGUAAGGAAGAGGCGACCACUUUCUCCAAUGCCAUGCUGUUUGCCCUGAACAUCAUGAAUUCCCAAGAAGGAGGCCCCUCCACCCAGCGUCAGGUGCAGAAUGGCCCCUCUCCUGAAGAGAUGGACAUCCAGAGAAGACAAGUGAUGGAGCCUCAGCAGCACCAGCAACAGCGGCAGGAGUCUCUAGAGAGAAGGACCUCGGCCACAGGACCCAUCCUCCCACCGGGGCACCCCUCAUCUGCAGCCAGCGCCCCCCUCUCGUGUAGCGGACCCCCGCCCCCGCCCCCACCCCCUGUCCCACCUCCACCCACGGGGGCCACCCCCCCUCCCCCACCCCCACUGCCAGCCGGAGGAACACAGGGUGCCAGCCAUGACGAGAGCUCCGUGUCCGGACUGGCUGCUGCCUUGGCUGGGGCCAAGCUGAGGAGAGUCCAGCGGCCAGAAGAUGCAUCCGGAGGCUCUAGCCCCAGCGGGACCUCCAAGUCUGAUGCCAACCGGGCGAGCAGUGGGAGUGGAGGAGGAGGCCUUAUGGAAGAAAUGAACAAGCUGCUGGCCAAGAGGAGAAAAGCAGCCUCCCAAACAGACAAGCCGGCUGAUAAAAAGGAAGACGAAAGCCAAGUGGAAGAGCCGAGCACCUCUCCAUCUCCGGGGACCCGAGCAACCAGCCAGCCACCUACCUCCUCAGAGGCUGGCCGGAAGCCCUGGGAGCGGAGCAACUCGGUGGAGAAACCUGUGUCCUCGUUACUGUCCAGGAUGAAGCCGGUGGGGAGCGUGAAUGACGUGGCCCUGGAUGCCUUAGAUUUGGAUCGGAUGAAACAGGAGAUCCUCGAAGAGGUGGUCCGAGAGCUGCACAAAGUGAAGGAGGAAAUCAUCGACGCCAUACGGCAGGAGCUGAGCGGGAUCAGCACCUCAUAGUGUCCUUGGCCCCUGCUGCUGCCGCCCAAGACACCAGGCCAGCUGACGGCGGGGGACAGCGACGGCCCGGCGGCCCCAGGCCUCCAGCACACGCAAGCCCGCACUGAAGCCGGGAUGUGCUUCAUUUAGAAGUCUUAACCUGUGAUAAAAUAUUAAAAUGAGGAAACAAGUUCAAUUUCUGGAUUUUUUUAGAUCCUACCUGACACAGAACACCAGGUCUACUCGCCUUUUUUGUAUUUUAUAUUUGCCUAUUUAAGCGUACAUUUCUUUUGGUUUAUAGAGGACUCCCCAAAUCACGCACUUCAUUAGAUGGUUUCCGAGUUUUCUCCUAGGUGAUGCUGUUAACACCUUGGCAGUGGCGAGCUGUCCCCAGCGUCGUGGUGGUGAAGUCUGUCCACGCACCGCAGUGUCUGUGUCCACGUGGUAAUAAACGCUUACUGUCCACA